UUUGCUAGGUAUGUUGAACAUUUUUCGAGCGGUCUUUCUAACUGUAAAAUAAAUUGUUGAUAAGAGCGUCUUGGGUUUAUAGAAAUGGGUUCUUAUUUGUCGGAACCGGUCACCGAAAAAGUUUCUAGUGAUGAUUCAAAUAAUAUUCUUGUGUGUGGAGCGAGCUCCAUGCAAGGUUGGCGUAUAACCCAAGAGGAUGCUCACAAUUGCAUUUUAGACUUCGAUGAAAAUACCUCACUUUUCGCGGUCUAUGAUGGGCAUGGAGGUCAUGAAGUAGCUCAGUAUUGUGCACAAAAAUUGCCCAAUUUUAUUAAAGCUACGAACGCGUAUAAAAGUGGCAAUAUUGAACAGUCUCUUAUUGAAGGAUUCCUUGGUUUUGAUAAAUCAAUUACCAACGCUGAAGUUAUUUCGGUAUUAAAAGAAAUUGCUGGAGAUAGAGAGGUGGAAGAAGAGUGCAGUGAUGAAGAAGAAAAUUUUCAAAAUUUGUAUGAAGAAGCUUCGAUGCCAAUCGAAAAAGUGAUGGAAAAAUAUGCAAACUCUGUUAAGCCUUCUUUAAAAACUAUAAAAAAGGUGGACCUGUAUUCAAAAUCUAAAAUGAUAACUGACAUGCCCGGAGUAUCAAAUGUAAAUUUUCAAAAAGGGGAGAGUUCAGAGAUUAAUGAAACUGGAGAUGAUUUUAACGGUAGUGCUGGAAGUAGUAAUGUUUGUCAACUAGUUAAUACAGACAAGACAGAUGAAAUAGAAGGUCCGAAUAAAAUAGAAGCUGAAAUUAGUAGUAUAUCGGAAUCAAAUGGGAGCAUUCCAGAAAUAAAAAUAACUAGGCCAGAUAAUUCUAAUUCCCCUAAAGUUCCCUUAAAACAAAAAAAUUUAGAGACUUCAGAAAAAUCAGAUGUAAAUGGAGAUAUUAAUGAAGUUGUGGAUAAAAAUGGUGUCAUGAGUUCCAAGUCAACGAAGGCACCUCCAAAUAAAAUCAAAGGAAAGUCACCCAGGAAAGCGGAACCGAAAGAUAUGUUAAAUACCCGGCCAAAAAGAAACGCUAAUCAGUUGUACAAAAAACUAUUGAAUUUUGGAAGUGAUAGUGAAGAUGAGACUGAAGAUGAUGAAGAUAAAACAUUUGUCGGGCCCAAUGAUGAUUCCGAUGAUUCCGAUGUUGAAGGGGUCAAUACUUCAAUAGAAGAUGAACACUCAGAUGAAGAAAGUUCAGAUGAUGUGGCUGAGGAAGAAAUUGAUGAUGAAGAAGAUGAGGAAGAAGCAGAAGACGAGGAUGAACUCGAAUUUGCCAAAAAUAUGAAAGAGGAGCCGGGAUCAGAUAGCGGAUGUACAGCUGUCAUUGCCCUACUAAGGGGCAGUGAAUUAUAUGUGGCUAAUGCUGGUGACUCUAGAUGUGUUGUUUGCAGAAAUGGUAAAGCAGUUGAGAUGAGUUUCGAUCACAAACCUGAAGAUGAACCGGAACGGGAUCGUAUCGUUAAGGCCGGCGGAAAAGUCACUGCCGACGGUAGAGUUAAUGGAGGCCUUAAUUUGUCUAGAGCCAUUGGAGAUCACGCUUACAAGCAGAAUCAGGAGCUUUCCAACAGGGAACAAAUGAUUACAGCACUACCAGAUGUUAAACAUUUAACAAUUUCCCCAUCAGAAGACGAAUUCAUGGUGCUCGCUUGUGAUGGAAUCUGGAACUUUAUGUCUAGUCAGGAAGUAGUUGAUUUUGUUAAAAAAAAACUCGAAGAUAAUCCAGCUAAAAUAUCCAGAAUAUGUGAAGAGAUGUUCGAUCAUUGCUUAGCUCCGAACACCAUGGGCGAUGGUACGGGCUGCGAUAAUAUGACGGCUAUAAUCGUGAAAUUUAAUCCGGGACUUAGAAAACGAGCCUCCUCCUCCGAACCGGAGCGAACCGACUCAAAACGUACGAAAACCGACACGAUAGGCGAAACCAGAACACCGGAAACAGAAGGUAAUUCGCAGGAAACUAACAUAUCGAGCAGUGCGGCAACGUAGGUGUCGCAUAUGCAUGAAAAAAAAACAACAAAAUGAAAACAUAAGAUUACUUUCGAUUUUAAUUAUGUAAAGACUUGUUCCAACUAGUUUCCUUUCUUUGUAGAUGUAAUUCCCUAGGGUACAAAUAAUUUUCUGUUUAAUUGCGUCGUUUUAACGAGUUUAUACAGUUUUAUACUAAUACUUAAAAAUUAAUUUUCGUUCUCAAUAAAGGAUACAGAGAAUUUGCGUUAGUGUAAGUGCCUUCGAAGGUGUUCUGAGAUAACUGUCGGAACGUAUUAUUGUGUUAAAUUGAAUUAAAUCGACACGCAUAUUUUUUGAAUUAAUUAAACGGUGUAAAGUUUACUGCGCACAACUAAUCUAUAAACUACCGGGUACUAUGCUCGUUCCCCAGACCCUCCCCAGUUGCAGUUGAUCCCAUCAGGUCAGUUUUUAUGUUACAACAUCAAUAGAAAAAGCUUUAUUUAUUUUUUUAGUUAUUCACAAUAGAAGUCAUUACUAACCAUUCGGUCAUCACUAUAUGAUCAUAAAAAUCCCUAACGAAAAAAAAAAAUCAAAGAUGAAAGAAGGAAACACAAUAAUGAUAGGAAACGUCAAUAGGAGAAUUGUAAUUUAUAAUCGCACCGGUUUUAAUACACCUAGAUAUAACAUCUUCAAUGUUAAUGGCAAUAAGGUGCGAUAUUGGAGAAACAAAGGGUUCUAGAAAUUUGAAAAAAAAAAUUAAGUAAAUCGACCAAAAGAAAAUGCUUCAAAUGAUUUUUGAAUUUCAAAAAUUGCAAUCAGGGGGCGUAAUUGCUAUCUUGAAUUUUGAAACACUAAUUCUGCAAAAAUUUCUAACCUUGACCAUAGUUGAAAU